UGACCGAUACCAACAUAAUCAGUGUUCUGUCAGUCAGUCGCGUAUGUUUUACACCGUUAUGUUUGUAGCUGCGUGUUACAAGAAUUCUUGCAAAUCUUGAACAAAAAUGUAAAAACGUCUACUUAUAAUCUUUUACAUUGUAACAUAUACACAUAUUAGAAUCUGAUUAUAUUAACUUAGAAAUGUUAUUAAAUAAGUAUUAGUUUCCUUAUUUUCCUUGUGAAUCGGAUCAGCUACGUUUUGACAUUUUAUGGAUUCAUGCAUUAUCACUCUACUAUCACCUUCCACCUGGAUAUAUCUGAAGAAAGUAUCUUUUCUGCAAAACUAGGAAUAUAAUAACAGGAACAUUCCAUGAUAAAAGUAUAUAUCUAUAUCAUUCACGUUUAUUUUUAAUAGUUAUAUUUACAAAUUACAAAAUGUAAUUUUUAUGAUGGAACAAGAGAAAUAACGACCUAAGAUUAAAGAUAAAAGCACAAUUGAGAAAUCUGUCUUAAGGAAUAUAUCUUUCAUCUCUAAUAAUUAACAUAUCUGGUGCAUAAAAGGAUCAUCUUAUAAAAUAUAAGAUCUCUAUGCUGUAUAUUUAUUGAAUCAUAUUAAUUCAAAUAUUAUCAAAUAUAUUCAACCAUUAAUUCAAAAUGUCAGACAUCGAAGAAGAUGAGUUUCAAGAUGCUCAAGAAUCUUUACCACAGCCUAGUUCUAUGGAUUUGGAUACAGCAAUAAUGGAGGCAAAAAAAGCGAUACACUAUUUUUUUAAUAAUGAUUUUGAAGAAGCAAGAAAGAUUAUGGAGCCCUGGGCAGGCAGUAGCAUGUAUCAUUCUUUAGGAACAAGUAUAUUUGCAUUCCUCGAGGCUAUUCUUACAUCUGAACAAAAAUGCAUUGAAAAGGCGGUUGGAGCUGUAAAACAAUGCAUGACUGUGUGCUUGAAACAACGUAAACAUGUUACACUAACACAAAAUAUUGGCAAAAUGGUGAAGAAGACUAACUACGAUGCUUAUACAAUUGAGGAAGUGCAUGCGGAACUCUGUUAUGCCGAGUCACUUUUUUUAAAAUCGAUGCUCACGUUUGUGGAGGACGAGACUUUGGUCAGCUUUGUUAAAGCUGGAUUGAAAAUUCGUACCUGCUUUCUGUCGUAUAAAGAAUGUUUAUCAAUUUUAAAUAAUCGUAAAUGGGAAAAUAAUGCUCAUAAGAUACAUUUUGAGAGCGGUGUCCGCACUGGUAUUGGUGCAUUUAAUUUGAUGAUUUCCCUGUUGCCAGCGAAAAUUAUCAAACUGUUAGAAUUCAUUGGAUUUUCGGGUGAUAAGGAAUAUGGUUUGUCGGAAUUAGAAGCGGGAUACGGAGAAAGAAGAGGAUUAAGGCACGUGUUGUGCGCGAUGUUUCUUUUGUCUUACAAUUUAAUAAUAUCAUUUGUUCUGAGUCAUACAGACGGUGAUCUAUACUGGUGUGAAAAAGUUUUGGAAGAAGAACUGAGUCUUUAUCCAAACGGUAUAUGGUUUUUGUUUUUUAAAGGCAGACUAGAACUAACGAGAGGAAAUUUUGAGAAAUCUUUAGAAUGGUAUACAAAAUCUUGGAAAAGUCAAGAUCUAUGGCCUCACUUUCAUCAUAUUUGUUUCUGGGAAUUAAUGUGGGCACAUUGUUCGCUGCAGCAAUGGGAUGAAGCUGCAACGUUUGCAGAUGCUUUAGCCAAAGAAUCACAUUGGUCACGUACAAUUUAUUUGUAUCAAAGAGCUGCGAUACUUAUGAUGCGGAAACCACCGGUACAAAGCGAAGAGAAGCAAAUGAUAGAUACUCUAAUGAUGCAAGCGUCUACCUUUAAACAACGUAUUGCAGGGAAGUCAUUACCAAUGGAAAAAUUUAUAGUAAAAAAAACUGAACGGUACUUUGCUCAAAAAAAAAACCUGGUCCUUCCUAUAUUUGAACUUAUGUAUGUGUGGAAUUUGUUUCGCAUAGUAGGCAAACGACAAGAUUUGACGCUAAACAUGUUUAAAGUAAUCGAAGAAGCUGAAAAGGAACUUGCGAAAGCUUCGAAAACAGAAUAUCACACGGAUAAUGAAGCACUUUUAUUGCUUCUAAAGGGUGCUUGCUUACGACAAAUGAAACAUCCUUUGUUAGCUGAAAAUUGUUUAAAACGCGUUCUCGAGUUGGACAAAUCGAUCAAAGAGGAUACCUAUUUACUUCCUUAUGCAACAGUAGAAUUAGCUUUGCUAGCACAAGAUCAAGGAAAUAUUCAACUCGCUAUUGGAUAUUUAGAGGACGUCAAAAAAACAUUCGCUGGAUAUCUGUUGGAAUCCAGAUUACAGUUUAGGAUCCAUUCCGAUUUAAUGAAAUUGACUGGAAGGAAGGCCGAAGAUAUUUUAGUAUAA